AUGUAUACUUCGGAAGCGUCGCCGGCUCAUCGCGCUCUUUUGCCUAUUGGGUCAACAUCGGGUGAAUCCGGCAUGGAUGCUCUCGCUCGGAUGUCGCUCGAAACUCUACGAAGAAACUCGAUAGCUCCCAAGUAUAUCGAACUCGAAUGGGACCAGGUGCGCCAUGGUGUCGAGGAAGAAAAGAAAAAGCCAUAG